UUCGAGCAUGCAUGGAAAGUGUGUGUAGCGAGGACUCCUGGAUCUGCAGGAUUGUCUUGAUUUUAAAUAAAAAAACAAACAAAUAAAAAGCAAUGGCGUCUGCAAGGUCACUCGGACAAGGACGCCGGAGCUCACUUUUCCGGAACCGGGAUGAAGAUUGUGAAAACAUACGCGCUCAAGAAGACGGAUCCUCGGCUUUGACGGAACCAAGCAGCAUGCUCCAAGAUCCGGAGGAUGGCGUGGGGAACGUUUGUGCCCUGAAACAGGUCAAGACCAGCCUGCCGCGUCCGAAGGUGAUGAGCGCCGAGGAGCGGGAGCGUCUGCGCGCCCUCUUCCACGUCUACGACGCGGACCAGUCGGGCAGCAUCGAGAGGAGCGAGUUCUUCACCAUCUGCACCGAGCUGCAGGUCAGCCCGUCCGAGGCCGAGCGCAUCUUCAACCAGCUGGACGUGGACAAGGACGGCACCAUCACCAUGGCCGAGUUCAUCAGCGGCUUCCACGACCGACACAACCGGAAGGACGAAGAGCAGCCGCCGCCGCAGGACGACGAGCAGCCGUGCACGGCCGCCUGGGAAGACUUCGCCGCCAGGCUGGGCGAGCAGAGCAAAUUCAUCCCCAAGCAGGAACAAGCGGCGACGUUGUACCACAACAUCAGCAUGAAUGAGCCCAGGCUCGUACCACAGCUGGAGAAAGUCCUCCUCAGCUUCACCAAGGAGAUCAAGCAGCAGAACUCUGAGAUGGAGAACCUCGCGCUGGCCAUCAGGCGUGCGCAGGACCAAGCAUCCAUGCAGCUCAGUGAGAUGGAGGAGGAAAUGGACCAACGCAUUCAUGCCGCUGAAAGGAAGACACGACAGCAGGAGAGGAGCCGAGCGGAGGCGGAGCUCAGCGAUGUGAGAAGCAGUUACGAAACGGAAGUGUGUGAGCUCCAGUGUAAGAUCCAGAGGAUGCAAAUGAUCGAGGAGAAAUACAAGAACAUCACAGUGAAGGACGAGAGUCCGGCCCUGAAGAAGAAGAUCAACGAGCUCACGCUGGAGAAUCAGCGGUUAAAACAGGACCUGCUCAGAUCUCAGACCAAAGUGGCGUGUCUGCAGAGCGACAUGGACUCACUCAAGAACGAGUUAACCGACCAAAGCAUCAACUCGGAGAGAGACGAGGAGCUCAUGAAGCACUUCUCUGACGAGCGAGACAUCCUGGAGAGUCAGAUUGAGCUGCUGCAGACAGCCAACAGGAAACUCCACGACAGCAACGACGGCCUGAGAGCUGCAUUGGAGAGGACCAACAAGUCCAGUAACAGCGGCUCAUUGAGUAACGCAAAGGACAGAAGCAGAAGUAAAAGCAUCUGUUACACAUCGCCCUACGCUUUGGACAGGUUCUGCCAGCGCCCGGACGACUACCCCAUGUUCUUCCGCCGGCCCAGCAGUGACUCCCUGGCGUUGGCGCUGUGCGACCCGGGACUGCAGAGGCGAAACAGCAGUGAGUGCGAGGAGGACAGUCUGCCCGAGAUCUACAUGGACAGCGGGCUGUCCACGCUGCGAGGCUCGCACGGGGGUUACGACUCUGAGCAGGAAGUCAAGUGCCUGGAGGAGGAAGAGAAGGAGGAGAUGGAGGUGGAAGUGGAGGAGAGAGCGAAUAAGAAACAGGAGGAGCGCAUCACUGACAGCCUGAUUGAAGAAACGUCAGACGCUGAGCCACCAGAGGCGCAGGAUGGCGAGUCAGCAUUCGGCUCAGACAGCAGCUCCGUUUUGGACUGGAAGCCAUCCGAAGCCAUGGUCCCGGCAACACCUGUGGCCCUCUCCACACCUGUGGCCCCGCCCACAGCUGUGGCCCCAUCCACACCUAUGGCCCCGCCCACACCGGUGGCCCCAUCCACACCUGUGGCCCCGCCCACCCGAAAAGCCAUCAGUGCCAUCAGCGUGAAGAGUGAGGACAAGAAUGUCCUUGCCUACAUGACCUCAGAGAAGACGUACAGGAUCGUCCUGGCUGGGGACGCCGCCGUGGGAAAGUCCAGCUUCUUGCUUCGUCUCUGCAAGAACGAAUUUAAGUUGAACUCCAACCCAACCCUGGGUGUUGAUUUCCAAAUGAAGACACUUGUAGUGGACGGAGAGCCCACUCUGUUACAAAUUUGGGACACCGCCGGACAGGAGAGAUUUCGCAGCAUAGCAAAGUCUUAUUUCCGCCGAGCGCACGGUGUGCUGCUUCUGUAUGACGUCACGUGCGAGAGGAGCUUCCUGAAUGUGAGGGAGUGGGUGGACAUGAUCGAGGAUAUCUCUCAGGAGGACAUCCCCAUCAUGCUGGUUGGUAAUAAAUGUGACCUCAGACAACGAGCAGCCAACAGUGUCCCCACCAGCUAUGGGGAGAAACUAGCGAUGACAUACAACACUCUGUUCUGUGAAACCAGUGCAAAGGAUGGCUCCAACAUCCUGGAAGCUGUGCUGCAUCUUGCCAGGGAGGUGACGAAACACGCUACGUUUGAUGAAAAAUGUCACUAUCAGUCACUGCCAGACUUGGAUGCUCCCAGGAAGAAACCCAACUUUUCCUGCUGCACCUAAUCCACUCGUCAGGCCUGGACUUUUAUUGCGCCCCAUGAGGAAAAAUGGGAGAUGAAAUAAGACAGCUGGACUACAGCGAAAUGAACAAAGAUUUGCACAGGAGAGCAGAGAACACUACAGCAGAGAACAUCUCCAACUUGGCUUCUCUUUGUGGUCAAUUUGAGUCAUCCCAUGAUAGACUGUAUAUUAUUGUGUCUUUUGCAGUCGUCUUGUGUUGCUUUUUUCCAAUCAUUUUGGCACUUUGCAUAGUUGAAGAGAUGUUUAGGUACUCAUCAUGAGUUCAUUUUAUAAACACCACAUCAGGCGGUUGCCUACUGCCACACCUGUUCAUGUUUUUUAGAGACCCUGGGGGUUAUUUGCUUUUGUAGACCACGCCCCCGGCGACUAUAGUAGACUUAAUUGAAGACUUAAUUGAAUUUGGAAUUUUGCCCACCAUCCACAAAACUUCUGUGAGACAUGAACACACGUCUUUCUCUUUUCUGUGUGUUCUAAAGAUAUCAAAUCAGAUAAAAAGAGACAGCUCAUUCCUGCAUAUAAUGGGACACACUUACAGUAUUCCGCUAUUAAAACACCUCCAACAAGGUUUUCUGGUUUUCUAUCCAUGCUGCGACCAUGUAGUACCAGGUAACAGGUGCAUUCAUGAUAACAUGGAAUACUUGCAGUAUGUUGACGUUCUUUGGUGCUUUUAAGCAUUACUGGAACUUCUUAAACGUCACACUUAAAUGUUUGAGAUCAUCAAACAAAUGUAAAUAUUCGUUAAUGACAACACAACUGAAGACAAAACACAGUUUUUAAGUGAAACUUUUUAUUAUUAGGGGAGAAAAAAAAUCCAAACCUACAUGUCUCUGUGUGACAUAAACCUAAUACCUGGUUGGGCCCCCCUUAGCAGCAACAACUGCAAUCAAGUGUUUGUGAUAACUUGCAAUGAGUGUCCUUUAGCGCUGUGGAGGAAUUUUGUCCCACUCAUCUUUGCAGAAUUGUUGUCAUUCAGCCACAUUGGAGGCUUUUCCAGCAUGAAGCACCUUUUUAAGGUCAUGCCACAGCAUCUCAAUAGGAUUCAGGUCAGGACUUGGACUAGGCCACUCCAAAGUCUCCAUUUUGUUUUUCUUCAGCCAUUCAGAGGUGGACUUGCUGGUGUGUUUUGGAUCAUUGUCCUGCUGCAGAACCCAAGUUGGUUUCAGCUUGAGGUCACCAACAGAUGGCCGGACAUUCUCCUUCAGGGUUUCUUGGUAGACAGCAGAAUUGAUGGUUCCAUUUAUCACAGCAAGUCUUCCAGGUGCUGAAGCAGCAAAACAGCCCCAGUCCAUCACACUACCACCACCAUAUUUUACUGUCGGUAUGAUGUUCUUUUUCUGAAAUGUGGCCAGAUGUAAUGGGACACACACCUUCCAAAAAGUUCAACUUUUGUCUCGAGUAUUUUCCCAAAGGUCUUGGGGAUCAUCAAGAUGUUUUCUUAUCUAUUUUUGUAUCUUCAGAACACAAAAAAAGAGAAAGAGGUGUGUACAUGUCUCACAUAAGGAUUGUGGAUGAUUCCAAAAAAAAAAUGCAGUCUUCCUUUAAGUUAGUUGCUGGCUGACACGUAUGAUGAGGAAUAUGAUUGCUCAUAUUAUUUACUCUUUAACAUAUUUUUUUUUAAAGACAACUGUUGAACUAAGUCAAGACUUUUAUUGCACAUUGCUCAUUUUCAGCAUUUUUACACUUUAAAAAAGCCCUACAGUGUUACACUUCAAGCACAUUCUUUUCCAGUCUGUGUGAAUACUUUAAAUAACGAGUAGUGAUGGUUUUAGCAAGCAGAAACAAGGAGAAGACAGCUUUUUAGUUCCUUAAAGCUCUUUUACCUUCUGUGCCCUAAUCUGUUUUGUUGUGUUAAAAUGUGUAAA